UCCGGUGUUUAAUUUACUUAUUGUACUUCUCAUUAUUUGUUUUGUGGGAGGAUCCAACAUAACUAUAGGUAUAAUCAAUAGCGGAUGUUCCCACCAGCAGAUGGACAAUGACAGUUUGAGGUCUUCCACACUAGAACUGAACAACAGCACUAUAAACAUAAUAUGGGCUCAAGCAGAUUUCUCAGAAAUGUACCAAGUUCUUCAAAAAGUCACAGAAUUGAAAAAGAACAGCGCCGAUCUUGUUUAUGUCAAUUCAACCAAUCAUCGAAUCAUAUUGACAAUUUCAUACUUGAACACCACGCCCACUCUGCACCUAAAUGACGUAGACCAAGAGAGUGUGGAAGACCUCGUGGCGCCAGACAAGUAUUCCUAUUGCCACGAAGUGAAACCAGCGCUACACAGUGGACAAACAGAAGCAUGUUUAUCAAUUAAAUUUGGAGAAAACUAUUUUGAUGAAGAAACCAUAACAGUUAUGGUUGCUCGAAUUUUGACGCAUCUGCAUUGGAAAUCCAUGAUAACAUUUUUUGAAAAUGCGACUGCACACAAUGUAGGUAGAAUCCUGAACAGAGUAAAUGAGAUCGGUCUGAAUCACAGGACAUAUAAUGUUGACAGUUUAAGGAACGCAGAGGAAAUUCGGAGCGUACUUGAUUUAAUUCACAAUGAGUUUACAGAAGGAAUGGCGAACAUCACUCUUGUCUGUAAUUUGAACUGUACUCGUCGUAUACUGAAUGAGGCAAAUAAGUAUGAUACUCUGCCAGUUAAUUUUCGACGCACGGCACUUCGAGAUCACACUUUUUGGUUUGUGAUUACGGAGCUUCCAAAUGAUUUGACUGACCUAACGAAUGCUUCAAGCGUGCUUGACAAUGUAUGUGUGUUAAAUCUCAACGUCACUUCUUCAGAAACCGUAAUGGAUGCCAAUGGAUUCAUUGAUAAGCAGACAAUGUUUCAUCAACUCGAGAACAUGACCGAGCUUGUAAAAAUAACUGGUUCUACCAACGCAGUAUUGGCACUAAAAAACUACAGCCAGAGUAUAUUUAGUCCGAAAUCUUGCCGAACAUAUCCGGUAUCAACACUGAUGUGGAAGGAAUAUGCAGGAAACGGCACGCCAGUACUGGUUAGAGAAUUUGAAAACGUUGGAGAAGUAGAAAUCAAUGGGAAAUUGAGUUUUCAUUCAAAAAUUUUUCCGAACGUCGACUUUGGAUUCAACAUGCGAAAUUUGCUUGUUACAACGACAUGGUGGCCGCCAUUUACAGAAAGAAUCCAAAAAGAAGGCAAAACCGUGGACUAUGUAGGUUUUUGUGCUGAUUUGUUAGAUGAACUUGCCAAUGAAUUAAAUUUUACGUACACCUACACUGAACCUCCAGAUAACGAAUUCGGACGAAUCUAUCCGAACAGAACGUGGAGUGGAAUGAUUGGUCAGCUUGAAAGAAGAGAGGUAGAUUUAAUGGUUGCAGGAGCAUCUAUACAAGGUUCUAGGGAGAAUGUUAUGGAUUUCACACAUCCGUUUUAUUACGACACAACCACGAUUUUGAUCAAACGACCAGAUCCAGAUGAAAACAAGAUGUUUACUUUGGCAAAGCCUUUUAAAAUAGAAGUAAUUAUAUGCAUAUUCUUUGUACUUCCGGUGUCUGCAUUCUUAUUGUUUAUUAUUGAGAAGUUAUCGCCGUAUUACAAGAUUCAUGGUCCGGAGGGAAGGCAAAACUACCAGACCUCUUUUUGGUACAUGUUUGGAGCUCUACUAACUCAAGGAGGAGAGAGCCUGCCUAAUUCACAGAGUGGUCGGACAAUGAUUACUUUUUUCUGGUUAUUUUCCAUCAUCAUGGUGGCAACGUACAGUGGAAAUCUAAUUGCUUUCCUAACAGUCACCAUAGACAAACCUCCAUUUAAUUCCCUAGAAGAACUGGUUGAGCAAGAUGAAUAUAAAUGGGGAAUUUUAUCAGGAACAUAUUUUGUGACAUGGUUCCAGGAAACUCCUUUUGAAAUUCUUCAAAAGGUAUGGACUGGGAUUAAAACAUUCAAUGAAACAGAUCCAGAUGUUUUACAUCCUGAUCCGAACGUUCAUAUUAAUAAAAUGUACAAAGAAAAGUAUGUUUACAUUGGUGAUAAAUCCUAUAUGGAGGUACGGAAGGCAAAUAGAUGUGAACUCGUGACGGCGACUGAAGAAAUUCCGAAUAUGUCAUACGGAGUUGGUCUUCCUAACAAUUCUUUGUACACCAAAAUGUUUUCUGAUAAGAUACUUUCCCUGCAAGAGGGUGGAAUAUUACAGACUUUCAAACAAAAACACUGGCCCCGUGAAGAAUUCUGUCAUGGUUCUUUGGUGGCAGAAGCAAAAGAAAUACGAUUAAUAGAUGUUCAGGCAGCUUUUAUCGUAGUUGGUGCUGGGCUAGCUCUCGGGACUAUAGUGUUAUUUUUGGAAAAAAUUGUUAAACAUUUAUCACAUAAAUUUUGUGUGAAAAAAGACCACAAUCCUUGUACGCAUAUAAGGACUGUUCCAACAAUGGAGUUAGAACUGGUUGGACCUGAUUUAAAUGGAAUAUCUAGUGGAGUAUAUACAAUUGAUGAAUGUGAGAUAAUUCCACAUAUUAAUAAUGGAGUGCAUCAGACACACAGCUCAGAUGGAUACGGAUAAGAAAAUUAAUUUGAAGUGCAUAGUUAAAUUUAAUUUUUUUAUUUCUG